AUGCCUUCGAUAUCUCUCCCCUUCCCGAAUUCCGUAUCUCCCGCCCUCUUCGCUCGCUCCCGGGGAAAAGUUCCUAUGCGUGAGAAACUGCUACUAGGCAUCAAUUCCGCCACAUCUUCUACCUGGACCCCUCCCUUUCGGGACGGUCUACCCACUCCUCCAAACGACAUGACUGGCGUUGCCUACAAUGCCGUUCCUGCCGGCUAUGGAGGGAAGUCGAAUGGGGUUCCCUUCCAUCCUUCCCUUGGGGUCCCCAGUAGCUCCCAUUUCAACUUCGACCCCCGUUCCUCCGCUCCCAAGUCCUACGCUACUCAAUCCCAACCCUCAUCCAGCAGAGAUGCCGCCGUCUCCAAGAGGGUCGACCAGAUAAAGUCCUCCAAGAACUCCACUCCCACCUUUCUGGAGAUCCCCUCAUCCAUCAAGGCCGGCAAGGGGAAUCUUGCGGAGUUCGCAGCACAGAUGACGUGUUUCUUCUGGUUUGAAAAGACGGCGAUAUUGAAAGCCAUCGAAGACGGCCUCAAUCCCUACCAUUCCCUCGUUCCCGAAGCCAUCCCAACAGUUGGUUUCCAAAAAUGGGCGACCACGGUGCUUUCCACAACGCAAGUGAGCCAGAACGUGAUCCUGUUGGCACUACUGUUCAUUUAUCGCAUGAAGAAGUUCAAUUCGGGAGUUAAAGGAAAGAAGGGAAGUGAAUGCAGGCUGUUGACGAUUGCUUUGAUGCUAGGAAACAAAUUUCUCGAUGAUAACACCUAUACCAACAAAACCUGGGCCGAAGUCUCGGGGAUCCCUGUUCAAGAAAUACACAUUAUGGAGGUGGAAUUCCUCAGCAAUAUUCGAUACAAUCUCUUCGUAUCCAAGGAAGAGUGGGAAAGCUGGCAUUUCAAGCUGAGUUUGUUCGCGGGCUAUUUCAACGAAGCCUCCCAAUUUCCCACCGAGGACAGUCUGUGUCAAACAGCUCCCAUUCAAGCGUCUCAGGCUUCUCCCAGUCGAGCACCGACGACUCAAGUGCAGACUGCCUCACCCCUGUCCAGACUUCCUUCUCCCCCCUUAUCUGGUCCCCUGGGGCAGCAGGGUUGGAACCAGCAAUACCUUGCUCCUCCACAACACCUUUCCGAUGGCCCUGUCGCUGUCAGCUCCCGCAAACGCGGCCGUGAUGAGUUCAUAGACGAACCGCCCGUGAAGCGGAUUGCAGUAUCGAAUCCAGCCUCCGUCCCAGGUUCUACCCUCCCAUCAUCGUCCGUUCUUCCACCGCUCCCUCCUGCAUUGGCGUCUGUCACUGGUCCGCCGUCUCACGCACCUAUGGUGGGCUCUGUAGCCUCCCGAUUGCCGUGUCCUCCGUUUCCAUCGAAUGGUACGGUCCAGACCCCCCCGCCGGUUGCACCACAGCUCCCUGCUCCCGCUGGUCGCGCUAUGCCUACUAUCUAUAACCCUCCCGCCAACUGGGUCCAACCGUUGCCGACUUCGGCGCCUAUGCCACCAGUUACAAGUGGUUUAUACAAUGCGCCGAUGACAUUGCCGGAACCCGUAAGGCCUCAUCGGAGCUACUACGAUGUACCUUCAACGACCGUCUCACCAGCAGUGUCUGCAUAUUCCGUGCAUACGCCUCAGAUGAAUCUGUCGCCGUCUUUUAUUCUGGCGAACAGGAACUCGCCCUAUCGGCCUGUUCGAGCCGUCAAUACGCUGCUCAUCCCGCCUCCAUCAGCCUCCCUGCAACCACGGCGAACGAUCCCAUUUGAUCACAUGCAUUACCAGCCGCUGGGGCGACCAGCGGCGGAAAGCAAAACGGGCCUGCUACCGUACCUUCACCAUGGAGCCUGGCCCCAGGACCCGUUUAACCAGCCCGCUUUUCACCAUAUCUAG